AUGAAGGUUUUCCUUACAGGUCACCUCGGUCGUUCAGCUGGCUACAGGGGACGCCGAUGGAGCGCUCGAGACGCAAAACGAUGCCUCGACACCGUCAACAAUGUGGUCAACGGGCUGCCGGUUAUCGGACAUGCUAAAGGUGUUGUGCAUUAUAUAGCCGGCGAUACGGAGGGGUGGAAAUCAGGCGAUGAACGCGGCGAGUCGCUCCACGGUUGUCAUCGGAUCUGGUGUCGUGGCCGGGAUCACCACUGGAGGUCUCGCGGCCAUUCCGGCCGGAAUUGCCGCCGGAGCAGCUACGACGGGACGGCCACUCUGAUCACCGACAAGCCACAAGGGAUCAUCGCCGCUUGUGACAAUGUGAUCAAAAUCGAAUGCCGGAAAUAUUUUCGAUGCCCUCGUUCUUCCGGUGGC